AUGAAGCACGACACAUGUAUGUGGCUACUACGAUGGCUGGUCCUCGUCUUAUCCUUUCAAUGGCUCGGAACUUCAUAUGCUGGGAAGCCCACCAAGCCAAAAUCGGCCGUCAAGCCAACAACAAAGCCCGUGCAGGUUGAUUUAGAAGAUAAACCCGACCAAGGCCCACCGGAUGCUGAAGAAAGGUGGAAGAAUUCCGUUCAUUUCCCAGGCAAAGACUCCCUACAUCCUGCUGUGGUUACUCGCUUCGAUCGUCGAUCGCCCGAAGAAAUAUUCCAAAAGGGUUUCGAAACAAGGAUAGAGAGCAGUGGAAAGCCUCUACUAUCUGCCUCGUUUGUCGCCAGCCGACACAACAACGAACCUUACGAUGAUACGGGAUUGAUAUCAUUCAGUGGGUCCACGGGGGCCACAUUAUCAGCAGCCCAAGGCGUUCAUUGUAGCGGCAAGAAGAGGUUCUUUGGUCAUGAAGACUGGGCAAAGGUCCGAGCGUAUGCAUCCGCUUGUCACAACGACCUCGACCACUUCGACAAGAUCGAGGUCGAGGAAGAGGUGCCUGGUGUUCCGAAGGGCCCGCCCAAAGGCCCGCCCGAACCUCCUCCAGCAAACAAGCUGCACGAGGGAUUUAAACUUGGCCACUGGGGAUACAUUGCAAGGCCGAACUCGAAAUUUAUCAGCAUGUUCGGAACCCUGGGACCAGAUGGCUUCGCCAACAAUGACUUUAAAGGCGAACGAGAGUACGCAGCGCUAGGACGGGUUGGUCCAGAGCGAAUCAUUGGUGCAUUUUACACAGACGACAAGGUGAUGAUGGUACAGUUGAAUCCAAACUACGACCACCGGUUCGAUGGCCAACGCGCCGGAGAUGGCCACCCUGGGCUUGCCUUCAAGAACGACAAAGCUCUCGCGGAAAAAAUCAUAAACGAAGCCAACAGCGAUGACGAGCGCCAUAGAGCGAGUCAUCCAUCUCCGAUUCAUAUUCCCAAGGAGAGAAUAGAGGUUCUCAUGCCUCUUUCUGAUGUCAUCGUGCAGUUUUCCUCGGAUAACCCUCAACACUUCCGCUCAAGCUUACCCCAGCAGGAUCCUUCUGCCAAAGAAGUGGCUGGUGCCAAGCACGGGAGGAUAGGGACGAUAUUACGAAAGCUACUGAUAUGCAAGCGAGGUACGGAUGAGUGCACAGCACGACCAGGGGAGGGUAACAAAAACCCGGAUGCUUCGACCGAAAUCGCCGACCAGUCCGACAAAAGACCCCCUCCAAGUGAUGUGAAUUCAGCAAGCGAACAAGCCGAUGCGAAGCAUGUAAAACCAUCGGAACAAUCCGGUGAUUCAAUCAGUCACCCGGAUGACAUGGAUGGUGCGGAGAAAGGACUCAGCUCUGACGCCGAAGGACCCGACAACGAUGGCUGCAAAGGCAGCAAGGAUUGCCAUACUCGAACCUUUAGGACCGAGUGCCGUGGAUCCAGCGGCGCGAGAGGCAGUGUGAGCCAGGGGUAUCGAAGCAGUCCCGGCCAAGGAUAUCGAGCCGGCCCAGGUCGUGGACGGGGAUGGAGCGCAGCGAGAAGCAGUUCCAAGCAAGGUGAUGGAACCAGCUCUGGCGGCGGUUCCAAGCCAGGUGAGGGAACCAACUCUGGCACCAAUUCCAACCAAGGCGAGGGAACCAGCUCUGACCAAGGCCGUGGAAGCAGCCCGGCAGGAUCGGGCUCCAGCCAAGGUCGACCAAACGCCGGAAAAGGUGGGAAGCGGCAGUAUUGCUUGGCCGACGACAUGAUGGAUCUAGCGGCCGAAGCUUUCCUCUUCUGCAUCGAAAUUGCUGAAAAACUAGAGCAUAAAGACGGCACGGUCACGAAGACGAACCACAACACGACUGAGAAAUCUUUGGACGGGGCCUUCUGGGAGCCACCCAAAACUACCAUUGACUCGGUUCUCCCUCCCGAGGUGGUGGAAUGGGUGAAGAAGAACAACGUGUCGGUCGUGGAAAACGACAAGGCCGUGGACGAACUCAUUCCGCAAGUCGUCAAGGACCAAGAUUUUGCUUACAAAACUCAUUACCUUCAGGAGCGGACCUUGACCAUCUUGCUGAAGAACGAUCUAUAG